CCAGGAGCGUGAGGGUUAAUGUCCGUGUGAUACGCGCUACUGGCGGAGAGUUAACAAAUCAUAGGCUGAGAGACUGAGGCACAGACAGGCUGCUAUGGUAGUAAGCGAGUGAGACGGCACAGCAGGUUGUCUACUUACAAGAGAACACUGAGCUGUUUGCACAACAGAGAACACAAGUUUCCAUCAUGGGCUUUGGGGCAGAUUUUAGCGGUCCUGACGGGUACAAUGCAUUGCUGCGUCUGCAAGAUUCAGAGCUAAAACUCAUGGAAACCAUGAAAAAGUGGCUGAUUCAGCGGGUAAAGAGUGAUAAAGAAUACUCAUCAAUGCUGCAUCAGAUGUUCACACAUGUGGAAAAGGUAGAAAAUUCACCACAGCUUGGACUGAACGAUUUGUCAAGCCAGCUCAAUCAGUCCUGGAACACGUUGGUUACUCAGACUGAGAAUUUAAGCCAAAUUUUACGGAAACAUUCAGAAGACUUGAAUUCAGGACCCCUGAACAGAUUAACUCUUCUUAUACGUGAAAAGCAGCAGCUGAAAAAGUCUUACAGUGAGCAGUGGCAGCAGCUCCAUCAAGAUUAUAACAAGACAACACAGCAAGAGAUAGAGAAGCUGAGAUCUCAGUAUCGCUGCCAUGUGAAGGAAACCUUACAGAGCAAGCGCAAAUAUCAGGAGGCCAGCAAAGACAAAGACCGGGAUAAAGCGAAAGAGAAGUAUGUAAAGAACACAUGGAAACUGCACGCCCUUCACAACCAGUAUGUGCUGGCCAUCAAAGCAGCUAAAUUACACCAUGAGCAUCACUACCAACAGAGCAUGCCAGCCCUACACGAGUCCAUGCAGAACAUUCACGAAGAGAUGGCCUUUAUUCUUAAGGGAAUUAUGCAAGAAUAUUAUGGAAUCACAAGCUUUGUGCAAGAGGAAGUUGCAUCUGUACACCGGGAGAUCGCUAAUGCCAUAAGCACCAUAAGUCCUAAGACGGAAUAUGAGAGCUUCGCACAGAUGAACAGGUCAGUGACAGAUCUGCCACCUGAAGUAAACUUUGACAUCAGCUUGCUGGAAGAGACAGAUAACUUGGAUGCAGAAGAACUGCAGUUAAAUGAUUUAACAAUAGAGAGCGUGCAGCACACGCUCACCUCUGUGGAAGAUGAUCUGGCUUCUGUCUCUGAAGCAGUUAUUACCAAAGAAGAGGCAGUGAAACAACUUCAUUAUGAAAUUACAAGCGAGCAAGACAGCAUAGAUGCGGCAGGCCAGAUUAAUCUGCUGACCAAGAAACAGUCUCUACAAGACGCUCUGCUACAGUAUCACAUGGUUCUGUGCAAUCUGAAGAAGCUCCAGGGGCAGCGAGAUAUGCUGAAGACAAAAAUGUUAACUCUUGGAACAGCAGACCCCCCUCCAGCCCUCCAGCUUCAGGAUGACGGGCAAUCCAUCUCUUCAAUAGAACGAGAAAGCAGAGGAAAACAAACUUUAGAAAAUAUUAAAAAUCACAUAUCUGGAAUAUUUCGGCCCAAAAUUACUCUGCCACCUCUUUUGCAAUUGGUCCCAGAAGUUCAGAAGCCUCUCAGCCAACAGAACUGGUACCAUGGUGCCAUACCCCGCACAGAAGUGCUGGAGCUUUUAUUGAACAACGGGGAUUUCCUUGUCCGUGAAAGCCAAGGCAAACAGGAAUACGUGUUGUCAGUUCUGUGGGAGGGGCAACCAAGGCAUUUUAUCAUCCAGUGUGUGGACAACAUGUACAGAUUGGAAGGAGAAGCUUUUCAAACCAUCCCUUUGCUAAUUGACCAUUUUCAGAAGUCCAAGCAAACGGUUACCAAGAAAAGUGGAGUUAUUCUUCAUAAGCCUAUUCUCAAGGACAAAUGGGUCUUGGAACAUGAAGAGGUUAUUCUGGGAGAGAAAAUUGGAAGGGGCAAUUUUGGAGAGGUGUUCAGUGGACGUCUCCGUGCCGAUAACAUGCCUAUAGCAGUCAAAACAUGUCGGGAGACUCUGCCACCAGACCAAAAGGACAAAUUUCUACUGGAAGCCAGAAUACUGAAACAAUACAGCCAUCCAAACAUUGUGAAAUUAAUUGGAGUCUGCACACAGAAGCAUCCUAUAUACAUUGUCAUGGAGCUGGUGCAUGGGGGCGACUUUCUGUCUUUUUUACGAAAUGAAGGCAGCAAAUUGAGAAUGAAAGAAAUUAUAAGGAUGACAGAAAAUGCUGCAGCUGGGAUGGAAUACUUGGAAAGCAAACAUUGUAUUCACAGGGAUCUUGCAGCUCGCAACUGUCUUGUAAGUGAGAAAAAUGUCUUGAAGAUCAGUGAUUUUGGCAUGUCAAGGGAACAGGAGGAUGGAGUGUACUCGUCUACCGGAGGAAUGAAACAAAUCCCUGUAAAGUGGACAGCGCCUGAAGCUCUCAAUUAUGGAAGGUACAGUUCAGAAAGUGAUGUCUGGAGCUUUGGGAUUUUACUCUGGGAGGCCUUCAGCCUUGGUGCCGUACCAUACACUAAUAUGAACAACCAGCAAACAAGGGAGGGCAUAGAGCAGGGAAUACGUCUUCCAGCCCCAGAGAUGUGCCCGGAGGAUAUUUAUAAACUGAUGCUAAGAUGCUGGGAAUAUGAUCCGAGAAAGCGUCCAAGCUUCAGCCUUGUGCAUCAGGAACUUGUCAAUAUACGCAAAAGGCAUCGAUGAGGCCAUACGUGGGACAUUAACCUCUUCUUGACCAGAUGGGUCCUAAAAAACAUUUCAUGGGCAGCAACUGGUGAACCACUUGCGCGCUUAUCAGACCUGAGGCCAAGCAAAAGGACAGACAUACUUUUUUAAAGAAAAAAAUGCUCUUUUUAAUUAUAGAAUAAAAAAUAUCUGUUCGUAAAGAUCCACGACAAAGGUCUAGCUUAUCAGUGCAUGUUAACAGUCAUAUUAGCAGCAGAGAAAUAAAAUGAAAAGCCAUAAAACAUAAAUAUUAAUAAAAAUUAUGUUGUGCAAAACUUUGUAUUUUAAUUAGAGAAACCAGCAUCAGGAGUUUACCUUGGGACUUGUUUUAUAGAAAUCAUUUUCUUUAGAUUCUGAUGAAGGUUUCAUGUUAAAUAUAUUUCAUUACAUUCAGUGCAGAUGUGUCAUGUUUCUAUGUAUAGCAACUGCCAUUAUUUUAUUUAAAAAUAAAGUGUUUAUAUAUUUUAUUACAUGCUAUGUAGACUUGUGUGCUUAGCAUUAGCUAUAAAUAGCUUAUUGGUUUUGCUGAUGUUAGCCAGCAGUGGUUAAUGUGACCUUACAUUCAUUCCUGGAUUCUUUUAAACUCAGUUAAAGUAAAGUGUAGCUGAUAGUGUCAGAUUGCUGAAUAUUCAUGCUAACUUUUUGUUGCUGGACACUGCCACAGUCAUAUAAUUAAAGGGACAUGAAACCCAAUUUUUUUUAUUCUGAUUUAGAAAGAGCAUACAAUUAUAAACAACUUUCUAAUUUACUUCUAUUAUCUAAUUUGCUUCAUUCUCUUGAUAUUCUUUGCUGAAAAGCAUAUCUUGAUAUGCUUAGUAGCUGCUGAUUGGUAGCUGCAAAUAGAUGCCUCCUGUGAUUGGCUCACUAUGUGCAUUGCUAUUUCUUAAUUAAAGGAUAUCUAAAGAAUGAAGCAAAUAGAUAAUAGAAGUAAAUUGGAAUGUUGUUUAAAAUUGUAUUCUCUACCUUAAUCAUGAAAUAAUUUUUUGGGUAUAGUGUCCCUUUAACAGUGCAGAACUGCAGAUAUCUUAAAUAUUGCUCUGUAUGGAUUCAAAUAUUACCUGUAAUGUAUCGCCUACAGUUCAUAUUUUAUAAGGUUGAAAACUAUUCAAUAGGAAAUAUCUCGCUUUCCCAGCAUGUGAGUUAUUUGGAACUAUAUAUGGUGUGGAGCAAAUUGUAAUAAAAUGUUCUAAUGUCACUGCCAUUCGGACCCAAUCAGACUUAUAAAUAACUGGAGAUUUAUUAUCUGUGUAUGACACAAGAGAGCUAAAAGACUGCAGCAUUCUGUAGGACAAGUUAUUAUAUAUGAAUCUCUGUAUGUUCUAACAAAAUGAAAUAAAACUUAGGGCUUGUUCACAUUUUA